GCACAGCAGGUGAACUAUGUAUGUACUUACCAUGUAUGUAGCAUAAAAGGAAUCCGCCGCCCGCCUCCAUCGAGGUUGUUCCACCGACCCGCAUCAUCUGCCCUGCCUGCGACAUACGAAACCGACCGGCAUCCCCGCGGCUUUCUUCCCUCAUUCUUCCGCUGCUCCGUCCUCUGGUUUCGGAGUUGCCACAAGGCGAGACAGUUAUAGUACCGUACCUUCGAUCGGACUGAGAAGAAAAAAAGAAAGAAGAAAGAAAGACAGAUAGCGCCCGUUAACCAUGCCCGUCCUCUCCGUACCCGGCAUGGGCAACUUGGCCUCCGGCUUCGGAGCCGAGAAGUCGGCCCGUGACCCAAUCGACAGCGCCGAGAUCGGGACUCCACCGGACGAGAAGUCCAACUACGACUCGGACUCGCCCCGCGAAGAUGUGCAGUCUGGUAUUGCAAAGGUGGAGGCCAUGGCCUCCGUCUGGACCAAGAAUGAGCUGUACAUUGCGUACAUUGGUAUCUUCUUGAUCUUCUUCAUGAACUCGCUACAGCAGCAGGUGACGGGAAACUUGACCGCCUACGUCACCAGCUCCUUCUAUAUGCAUUCUCUCGUGUCUACCAUCGCUAUCGUCAGCAAUAUCGUCGGAGGUGCCUUCAAGCUGCCCAUCGCUAAGCUGUUGGAUAUGUGGGGACGUGCUGAGGGUUUCGCCCUGAUGCUGUCGUUCACCGUCAUUGGUCUUGCCAUGAUGGCUGGCUGCACCAAUGUCUCCAUCUACGCCGGUGCUCAGGUCUUCUACUGGGUCGGAUUCAACGGCAUGAGUUACGUCCUCAACGUCUUCAUGGCCGACACCUCGGACAUCAAGAACCGUGCCUUGGUGUUUGCCUUCUCCACUACCCCCUACAUCGGCACCACCUUUGCCGGCCCCGCCCUCGCACAGAGAUUCUACCAGGAGUCGACCUGGCAGUGGGGCCACGGUGUGUGGACCAUCAUCCUCCCCGUCUUCUGCAUUCCGUUCCUCUGGGUUGUCUUCCGCAACCAGCGGAAGGCGGUCAAGGCCGGUCUGGUCAAGAAGAGCACAGCUAGCAGCCUCAGUCUCGGCGGCAAGAUUAACUACUACUUCUGGGAGUUUGACGUCAUCGGAGUCCUCCUCGUCUGCAUGGGUUUUGUGCUCCUCCUGCUGCCCAUGUCGCUCGCCUACUACCAGCGUAACACGUGGAAGUCCGCCACCGUCAUCUCCAUGUUGGUCGUUGGAGCCGUGUCCCUGAUCAGCUUCGUGCUGUACGAGAAGUUCUUGUCGCGCAAGUGCUUCAUCCCCUUCGAUCUCAUCCUCGACCGCACCAUCAUCGGCGCUUGCGGUCUCUCGGCCUCCAUCUUCAUCUCCUUCUACUGCUGGGACGCGUACUAUCACUCGUACGUGCAGGUCGUGCACAACCAGAGCAUCCGCAACGCCGGCUACAUCUACAACAUCUACAGCAUCGGAUCGUGCUUCUUCGCCGUCCUCGUCGGCCUGUUCAUUAAGUUCACCAUGCGCUUCAAGUACCUAGCGCUGUGCUUCGGUCUGCCGCUGUACGUCAUGGCCACCGGCCUCAUGAUCCACUUCCGCCAGUCGCACGUCGACAUCGGGUACGUAGUGAUGUGCCAGAUCUUCAUCGCGUUCGCCGGGGGUACGCUCGUGAUCUGCGAGCAACUGGCUGUGAUGGCGGUAGCCAAGCACCAGAACGUUGCGGCGGUGCUCGCCGUACUCGGCCUGUGCUCCAGCAUCGGCGGUGGCAUCGGCGCCGCCGUUUCCGGCGCCAUCUGGACCAGCGUCCUGCCCCGCGAACUCGCCAGACGCCUCCCAGACACCCUCAAGGACCAGUCCCUCUACAUCUUCUCGAGUCUGCCCGUGCAGCUCGGUUACGCGUGGGGCUCCCCAGAGCGUGAGGCGAUCAUUGACUCCUACGCUGCUACUCAGAGACUCAUGGUCAUCGCUGCUACCGCGGUCAUGGCUUUCAGCUUCCUGUGGGUGUCGCUGUGGAGGAACAUUAAGCUGGAGGACGUCAAGAAUACCAAGGGUUUGGUGUUCUAAGCUUGCUCUCCACGGGCUCAAAAGGAACCGUCUUGCACCGCGGUUUGGCUGUGAGAUGGUGUGAGUGUGUGAGGGUAUAUGGGAGGAUGGGAAAAAGGGGAGUAUAUUGAAUUGCUAAUGAAUUUAUGGCGGUACUGGAUGGGAUAUGGGAAGGAACGAACGAUCAUGUAUGUAAAUAAUUAAUGGAACUGGCAUCUGCUCUUACUUGGU